AUGGGAUGCACUGUCAGGAAGAUGGUAGUCCUUUGCCCUGACCAUUGUAUGUGUUUUUCUUUAAGUGAUCCUCAAAACCCCGAGUUUCAAGGAAGUUGUUCCCAUGAACAUCACGCUAGCUGUGAUAGUUGCGAAAGUUUGAAAUCCGUGAUUCAGGCAAUUGGAAAAGAAAUUGAAUCUCCUUCGAUAACUUUUGACAACAUAGAGAAGAAAGAGGACCUGAAACACGACCAUGAUGAAGUCAGAGAGGCGAUUUCUCAGUGGAAGGCGCAUAUCAUCAGGACUAAGAACCAGGCGAGAGCAAAACAGAAUCUACUCACGUCCCUCCAAAAGAAUGCCUCCCUCAUUGUCACGGACUGGGCCAUGAAGUUCAUCCAACUGAAAUACAGAGAAAAGCAGUCUGAGUGGUUCGGAAAGAGAGGAAUGAAUUGGCAUGUUAGUUCAGUUAUUACCAGGAAUGCAGAGGACAACGGCCUUGAGAUUAUGUCAUAUGUUCAUCUAUUCUAA